AUGGACACCGACAGGCGAACGCCCGUAACAUCUGAAAAAGUGUCCAGGUCGAAGGAACAGCUGAGUGAUCACGCAAACAGCCAAGAAAAAGAGAAACGGCAUAAAAACAAUUACCGUAUUCAAUCCAGCAGCGUGGUUGCGAGCGAAGGACAGCCAGCUGCAGAGCAAAGAAACGAGUCACAGUCCCUGAUAAGUUCUUCCAAUCUAGCCAAAGAAGAUAGCCAUCAGAAACAGCUGGUCCUCCUCAGAAGCCAUCAGAAACAAGUGAAAAACAAUAAGACGGGCGCCUACGAAAACGUUCUUCUCUUUCUACAUUCGGGGGCUCAAUGCAAUUUGAUAGAAGCGACCCUUGCCGACAAAUUUGCACUCGUGCACAGCGAGCCAUAUCAAUGCACGAUGUAUGGUAUCGGAGGUAUCGAGGAAACGUAUAUAGCACAAAAGGUGACCGCAGAGUUUAGAACAAGAUUUGGUGAGAGUGUAUCUCUGACUCUCAGUACCAAGCCAGUAUUGACAAAAGCGUUUCCGUCAGCCGCUCUUACAUGUUCCGAUGUGCAGUUUCUCGAGAGAAACAAUAUAUUCUUCUCCAACACGGCAACAAACGGAGAAGUGGUCAAACCCCAUAUUUUGAUAUUGGUCGAGGCAUACGAGAACAUUGUAAUGCUAGACUCACCUCCGACAAAGCUGCCAUCCAGUCUUUUGGCUCAAAACACAGUGUUCGGGCCUGCCUUGUUCGGAAAAUCCGACACAGUCGGGCAGACACUCCUAGCUGAACAUGUAGUGGUAGCUUGCCCCGAAACACUUGCUGAUGUCAAGCAAGAGCUCCGAGAAAUGUACGAGUUGGAGGGUAUGGGGAUUUCCACAGAUGAGUACAGAAAAGAUGACACAGCGUACGACUACCUGAAUUGCUACGCAAAGCGAAUCAUGAUCGAAGACGGAAGAAUUGUCGCGCCCCUUCCAUUGAAGGAUAACGUUGUCGAGUUGGACAGCAACUUCAAAGUCGCAAUCUCAAGACUGCAUUCUCUCUUCAAGUUUCAUGUCAGUCAUCCAGAACAAAGGACAUGA